AUGGCUGACCCGGUGGCUGCCACGUGUGAGCAGCUUGUCAAAGCUGUGAACGCGAUGAUGGACGCAGAAACGAGCCAGAUUUACCGACUGGAGGCCCUAAAGUUCUGCGAAGAAUUUAAAGAGACAAGCUCCUACUGCGUCACAUGUGGCUUACGACUAGCCGACAAAGCACAGCCAGCUGUAGUGAGACACUUUGGUUUGCAAAUCCUGGAGCACGUCAUCAAGUUCAGAUGGAACGACAUGCCGCAACAAGAGAAAGUCCAGUUAAAGGAGUGUGCCAUGCAGCUGUUAGCAAAUGGCACUCAUUCUAUCCUGGAGGAGGUGAGCCACAUUAAAGAUGUCCUGUCACGUAUCAUAGUGGAAAUGAUAAAGAGAGAAUGGCCGCAGCACUGGCCAGAUAUGCUGAAAGAAAUGGAGGCUCUCACUAGCCAAGGGGAAGCUCAGACAGAGCUGGUGAUGUUGAUCCUGUUGAGGCUGGCAGAGGACGUGAUCACCUUCCAGACGCUGCCCACCCAGCGACGCAGAGACAUCCAGCAGACCCUCACGCAAAACAUGGAAAGCAUGUUCAGGUUCAUGAUGGCCAUUCUGCAAGUUAAUGUGGAAGACUACCGCAAACUGAAAGGGCUGCCUGGGCAUGAACUGAAGGCCAGAGCCCACUGCCGAGUCGCUGUGGCCACCCUGAAUACACUUGCAGGCUACAUAGACUGGGUGUCUCUGGUGCACAUCACCUAUGGAAACUGUCAUCUGCUGGAGAUGUUGUGUUUGCUGCUGAGUGAACCAGAGCUGCAGCUGGAGGCAGCUGAGUGUCUGCUCAUCGCUAUCAGCAGGAAGGGCAAGCUGGAGGAUAGAAAGCCGUUUAUGCUGCUGUAUGAUGAUGUGGCCAUCCACUACAUCCUUUCUGCAGCACAGUCAGCAGAUGGACUGGCAAUAUGUAAGAAAUCCCCUGAACCACAAGCUGUGGAGGUGGUGGAGCGGAGUUAUAACUUCUUGAAGAGGCUAUGUCAGGUCCUGUGUGCUCUGGGAGGCCAGCUCUGCUCAUUAGUGGGUUCAGAUGUGGAGGUGGAGGCGCCUGCUAAUCUGAGCAAAUACCUGGAGGCACUGUUAGCCUUUACCAAACAUUCCAGUCAGUUCUUGAAGUCCUCCACUCUGGCCACUUGGGCAGCUCUGUUUAGACAUGAGACUCUGUCUAAGGACGCGGUUGUUAUGGAGAUGGCGAUCAAAUACCUCAGAGCCUCUGUGACCAACCUGGUCAAGGCUGGUUUUCCGUCAAGAGACGAUAACCCGAGCUGCGUGUAUUCCCGUGUGGACUUUGACAGCGAUGAAGACUUCAAUUCGUUCUUUAAUUCUUUUCGAGCCCAGCAGGGAGAGGUGGUGAGGAGUGCGUGUCGCAUUGUUCCUCUGGAGGCUUUCCAGAUUGCAGCAGAAUGGUUGCAGUAUCAAAUCACCAGCCCUAUUGACACUGGGGAUACCACAUCUAAGUCAGCUGAGGGCUUGUGCUCCCUCCUGUCUCCAUCGGUGGUUCAGUGGGAUGCAAUGACUGUCUUCAUGGAGUGUAUGGUCACACAGAUCUUCAGAAACAUGGAGGAGGAGAAGCUGCCCAUCGAUCAGGGCAUGGAGCUGCUGCAGGCUGUGCUGAACUACGACACCAAAGACCCGCUCAUCUUCUCCUGUGUGCUCUCUAACAUCUCAGCGCUCUUCCCAUUUGUCACAAGAAGGCCUCAGUUCUUGCCACAGGUCCUCUACAAGCUGUUUAAAGCCAUCACAUUUGAGAUCGGCCAAGACAAUAAGGUACCACGGACCCGAGCUGUGAAGAACGUGAGGAGGCAUGCGUGUUCCAUCAUCAAAAUGUGCCGGGAUUACCCUCACAUCAUCUUGCCUUGUUUUGAGAUGUUUUACAAUCACGUGAAGAAAAUGUUCUCCGGUGACUCGGGGAUGACUCACUUGGAGAAGUGUUCGCUGAUGGAAGCCCUGGUGCACAUCAGUAACCAGUUCAAAGACUUUGCAAAGCAGAAGGCUUUUCUAGAUGAGCUGAUGGCCUCGGUGGUCGCAGACUGGACCUCAGAUGAGAUGAAGCGUGUGCUGUGGGACCCUGCCAUGUUCCUGUCCUUUAUUGGAGCUGAUCAAGUGGUCCCUGAUCUAAGUACAGAUCCAGACCCAGCAGGCCUAAAUAGAGGGCGGAUAAGCUUCUGCCUGUAUGCCAUGUUGGCCGUGGUGAAGAAGUCACGCUGGCCUGCAGACGUGGAAGAAGCCAAGGCUGGUGGCUUUGUUGUGGGCUACACCCCGACCGGAGCUCCCAUCUACAGAAACCCCUGUACUGACCAGUUCCUGAUCCUGCUGCCCAACCUGCUGGCUCUAAUGAGGACUCACAACAGUCUCUUCCUGCCGGAGAACAUGGCUCGUCUGAGUGAAACCUUCUCCAGGGCCCACGAGGUGAUGGAUGCAGAGAAAAAUGUUGUUCUCGGUCUCUCUCAGCCUCUCCUGGAUAUUUAUGAUUCUCCUGUGUACAGAACCAGCCUAGAGCGCAUGCAGGGGUUUGUCGUCACACUGUAUGACAACUGCUUCCACGUCCUGGGUAAUGCAGGUCCGUCCCUGCAGCAGGACUUCUACACCAUCGAGAAGUUGGCUGAAGAAAUAACUGGCUCUGCUUUUUCUUCCCUGGAUCAUGUUCCUGACUACAGACUGCGCCCAAUGAUUCGUGUGUUUCUGAGGCAGCUGGUGCUGUCAUGUCCCCAGGAGCACUACAACAGUCUACUCUGCCCCCUCCUGGGCCCUUUGUUCGCCUACAUGCUGCAGAGACUCAACAGCAAAUGGCAGGUCAUCAACCAGAGGACCUCAAACAAUGGUGAGGAGGAGGAGGAGGAGGUUUUGUGUCAUGACAGCCAGGUGACGGAGGAGAUGUUGGAGGAGCAGCUGGUGCGCCUGCUCACCAGGGAGGUGCUGGAUCUACUCGGUGUAAGCUGUAUUUCAAGGAAGGUACCUGAACAAGCUGCUAAUAAGGAGGAAGUAGAUGAUGAAGACAUGAUGAUGGAUCAAGUGCAGACGGCGUCUCCCGCUCAGCACACGGAGGAGCUGACGGAGCUGGGGAAGUGCCUGAUGAAACACGAGAAUAUCUACAUGAAUCUGUUGACCCUGUCCUUCACCUCACUGUCCUGGAAAGACACCACAAACUGUCGCCGCACUGCAUCCAUCAUCUGCUGGACCCUCCUGCAACAGGUCGUAGGAGGCAAUCUUCUUCCAGAGGCGGUCACGUGGUUCUACACCAGUGUCCUUCGAGCCCUUCAGGUUCACGGGCAGCACGAGGUCUGCAACUUGACUCUGUGUCAGCUGGCUAUGCUCAUCUAUGACAACCUGCGGCCUCGCUACACGGAGCUGAGAGCGGUGAUGGCCCAGAUCCCGAACAUCAGCGUGGAGGCUCUGGACCUGUACGAUCACAGGCUCAUGGAUCCCAAUGCCCAGAAGGUCGGACCCAAGAAGAGGAAAGACCACUUCAAGAAGCUCAUCGCAGGAACUGUUGGGAAAGCUCUGUGCCAGCAGUUCAGGAAGGAGGUUCAUAUCCGGAACCUUCCAUCGCUCUUUAAAAAGCCGAAGCAAGAAAAGGAUGUAACAGACACUGAAGCAGGGGGCCUGGAAGCGCUCUUCUCCCCGGAGAAUAACACCCUGUAGGAACACACAGCGGAUCUAAUGGACUCCUUACUGACUGAAGAAGAAGUGAAGGCCAGGCCCGAGAGUGAUGUGUACAACGGGGUUUCCUUCCAUUCUCAUCCUCCAGUAGGGGCAGUGCGGUGCUAUCUAACAUAACUGUCAACACUCCCUGAUUUCAAUAGGUCUACAGCUCUUAUUUUCACCUCUCGCACUCAUCAGUAUUAUCUUUCUAUUAGUCAGUUCAAAAGGAAAGUAUCACACUCUUUUGAAUCCUAUCAACAUCUACUCCAUUACUUUGUAUAUAAUAAUAAAGGAGACAUAUGAGCUAUGCACAUAAUUCAGAUUAAAGAAACAUCUGCUUCUGUGUAAGAUUGUGUUAAAAGACGAUCUAAAAAAAAAAAAAGAGCAGAUUAACCAAAUCUGUGCAGCACUGACUUUAUAGAGUUACCAAAAAUAACACUUCAAGGACCUGCACACAGCUGGAUUUAAAAAAAAAAAAAACAUUGGAAUCAAAUUGAGACGCAAGCUGUGGUUUAAUAUUUAAACGUGCAACGAGGAGUUUGUUUUUGGGACUGAAACAAGACUGAAAUGAAUACAAAGGCAUCAGGAAGAAUAUUUAACUAUAUGAUAGUUAUUUUUAUAGUCUGUCUCAGCUGCCACCAGGGAGCAGAGAUUUACAGUUAUACCUUUGACUGUUAGCCAGUUAAAGAAGCAGAAUAGAAUAGUGCAUGGACAGGAAUAGCAGAUAUAUAAAGUGUUGUGUCCACAGAGGACAUAAACACAAAAUGAAGUUCCACAGAAUAGAAAUAUGCAUCUAGUCUACUGAUAUCCAAACGACAAAGGUGGUGUAGACAGUAGCUGCCGCAGUAGCCUGUGAGAAGGAGUGUGUCUCCUUUUGUCCUUUCAGUGUUUUUAUUUCAGAGGUUAGUGUUGACUGAUAUGUUGUGUGGCCACAGUUCUGCUGUCAGGGCUGAUAUGGAACAGAUCAUGGGAUCAAAAAGAAAAGGAUGAAAAAUCUUGGAAGCUUCGAUGCAGAUUAUAAAUCAGUAGAAAGAGAUCAUGGAACCUCAGGUGUGGCAUGCCCUAUGAUGGGGUGAAGAUACUUUAUAGAAAAUUAUCUGAAGGAAAGGAGAAGUCAGGUUGUGUUGUUAAAAUAAGAACAACAGUUGUCUACUUUGUAGAUAUCGCUCAGUAUUUAAGGGUAAUGAUGGUUUGCAAUUUGCCAAUUUGCCAAUUUUUUGUUUAUCAGCACAUCUUACACAGCCCAAGUACUGCUUGAAUGGCUUGUUUAAAUCAGUGCACAUAUCAUACUACAGUUAGGAAAGCCACAUAUAUAGUGCCAAAACACUCACUGUACACUUUGUUUGAAAAAUGGGACCAGAUGUGUCCAACAGACAAAAGCUAAUAACAAGCAUAGGUCUAAUAAAGAUGAUCUAAGGAUGGACUCACAACUAGCCUGUAGCUCGAUCCAAGUUUUUCUGUUUUCUAGUUGUACAGCUGUGAUUCUGUUCUUUUUUUUUUUUAUUUGUGCCCUGUCUGUCUUUGUACUGGUUUUACCAGCUGUGAGAAAAGCUGAACAAGCACUACAUUCCUUCAUUGACUAAGGGAUAACUUUUUUUUAAUUGAAUUAAUUGGAUGUAUUUUCUCCUUUAGUGAGCUGUUUAUCAGAGUGUGUUGUGUAGAUUCACGGCAAAAUAUUUGGGAGGUAUUCUGGCAUUGGGUGAGCAAAUUUAAAAAUGGAUACAGAUGGGUCUGCAGUGACGAUAUGUUUUAAUUAUAAAAAUAAAACAAAUGUUUGGAUCAUACUUUUCCCAAGAAUAAGAAAAGGUAUGAAACCUCCAGUGAAUCAAUUUCUCUGUCUUUAUAAAUUGUUUGUUCACAUGAGGCCAUCUUAUGAAAAAAAAAAAAAGAAGCUUGUUCAACACUAAAACACUGUACAAAAGAGAAAAUAGUCUUCUAAAAAGGUGUAAUGUGGUUUCUAUUUUGUUUUUAAAUAAAAAGAAAAUCUUGCUUUCA